AUGUCCAUGCUUGAAGGUACCAGCGACUUGCAGCUGGUCUUGCUGCCCUUUUCGAGCGCAUCGCAGCAACAGGCAGACGAGCUCGCGGAUGCAGCUGGAGAGGGCGAGGUGUCCCUGGUAGAGGAGCUGCUCCAGCGACCCCAGGACCCAGACGCCAACGACCGGAAUGGAGAAACCCCGCUUUACAGGGCAUCACUGGUCGGCUCAACGGAAACCGCUCGUCUGCUGCUGGAAGCAGGCGCUGAUUUUGACUUGGCUUGUGGACAGCACCAUUUGACAGCGCUUGUUGUGGCCGCGGGCCUUGGCCACGUGGACACUGUGCGCGUGCUGCUCCAAGCGGGUGCAGACCAGGAGCUUUAUGCUCGGGGCUAUGUGACCUACUCCAACCUUUGUAAUAAGGGCUUCCAGCAGAAGAUGAAGGAGGUCGCCCAGCGUGCAGUCACGAAUGCUGGAGUUGAUGUCGGCUUCCCCGAGCGGCUCAUCAUGCCAAAGCGCUUGCAGCGGCUGCUCGAGAAGACCCGCGACGCAGCGGUCGAGCGAGCGGGGUGGCAGUGGCCGAAAAGGAAUGAGCUCUACCUCCGCCAUGCGGCCUGUUUCUAUAUCUUGGACACAGUGCGGCUUUCGUUCAGUUGUCGUGGUGAGACGCCGGCUGAACAGGUAAAGUGCUGCAUGAAAGUCCUUGAAGAGUUCGAGAAGUGCACCGUAGAGGCUGAGGGUGUGCGGCUCCUUCGCCGGAAGAGCGGCUUUGCAUCCGGGGUGCGCGGAGAAGGAGGCUACGCCGACGUCAAGCUGCUCUGCUACACCGACCUCGGAGUCCAUAAGGCAUUCGAUGGCACGGAGAUACCCCUUCGAAUCAUUGGCGAGGUGCAGCUGAUCCUUCAGAGCUACGAACAGGUAAAGCAUCGAAUGCAUCUCGCAUACGAGGCUCGGUGGUGGAAGGGUCGUGGUGAUUAUGAGGAGAUGCCAAACAUCUCAGCCCAACCGGACUCCAGUGACUCUAGUGUGACGCAAGCCUUCAUCAAAUGCGGCUUCGUAGGAUUCCCGAAGAAUGUGGCUUCAACAUGGAAUUUUGCAUCGACCCUUCAAGAUGGCUACGAUCUUCACAAAUCGAGAACUGUGGAUUCGGCCUCAAUGCAGCGGUUCCGAGCUCACCCUUUCAAGUUCUUCACCAUGCCCGACAAAGCAUGGACAGCAGCAGCGCCGGUGGCGGAGGCGGGAACGACUGGAGAAUCCGGUGGCUGCUCGUCGCCCUCGGCCAGGCCUGAGCCUGUCGCCUUCGAGGACGAGGGUGCCGAGGAAGUGAAGGAGGAGGCCGCCGGCACGACUGGAGAAUCCGGAGCUUGCUCGUCGCCCUCCAACAGGCCGGGUGCAGAGCCCUUCAGCUUCAACUUCGAAGAUGUGGCGGACGAGGCCAUCGCAGAGGCGCCGAGCUCAUCGGAGUUGGCGGCAGGAACAGCUGGAGAAACCGGUGCUUGCUCGUCGCCCUCUACGAGGCCGGUGCCACUCGCGUUUGACGAGGACGUCGACGAAGAGGGCGACCCGAAUGAGGUCCCAGCGGCCCAAGGCUCGGGAGCCUUCUCUCCGCCGGAGCCCUUCGCCACCUUCGCCUUCCAGGAUGAGGCCACCAACAUCCCAGCUCCCGAGGCCGCUACUGGGAAUGCCGCUUCGACAGGCUCCGCGGCCUCUCCUCUUGCUCAGCCGGAGCCCUUUGCCUUCGACGAGGGUGAUGAGGUACAGGAGGAGGCGAAAGCUUCGUCGCCUCCCGCCAGGCAGGCAGAUCUCUCUUUCGACGACGAAGAGGAGGCGCAGGCGGUGGAGGCCUCCGGGCUUGCAGAGCAAUGUCGCAGCUCUUCCGAGGAAGCAGAGGAGCCGCAAAGCGAGGUCCCAGCUGCUGCACUGGAGCAAAGCCCUUUGUCCUUCGACGAAGACGAGGAAGCCGAUCGCCAGGCUCCGUCGCGGAGCGUCGAAGAUGGGAGGCAGAGCCCUCUGGCUUUCGACGAAGAGGACGAGGAUGAGAAAGCCAAGGCGGCGCCAGCAGCGGAGACCAGCAGGCAGAGCGCCUUCGCGUUCGACGACGAGGACGAGCUGGAGGCCACGGCUCCAGCUGCAGCCGAGACCGCGAGGCAUACUCCCUUGACCUUCGAGGAUGACGAUGACGAGGACGAGGUGCCAGCUGCGGCAACUGGGCCGGCCAGGCAAGCUCCUCUGGCUUUCGACGACGAGGAAGAGGCGCCUCUUCCUGCUGAGACGGCCAGGCAGGCACCACUCAGCUUCGGCGACGAAGACGAGGGGGAAGAGGAGGUCCCGGAAGCCUCGCCGCAGACGAGCAGGCCCUGGGCGUCGGCACAGAGUGAGCCCGUGGAGCCCGAGGAUGAGGACGAUGAUGAGUUUGCGGACUUUGCCAGCGCGGGGAGUCCACCGACGGUGUCCCAGCCCAGCGCUCCAGGUGCCAAGGACGAAGAGGAGGAAGACGAGAAUUGGGCCUUCAGUGCGGCGCCGACCUCGCCAGAACCUUCUGCAGCCAACAUGGAGGAGCUUGCGAACUCAGUGCAGCAACUUCUUUCCCGGUGGAACGAAGUUGCGAAGCUGGCGACAGCCGGGCUGGCUAUGUCCUUGGAGGACGACGGUGCGGCCGGUGAGGAGGUGCCAGGCUCAGACGACUGCAUCCGGGCCGCAGUGCACAUGCCCGAGGAGGCCGCGCAGUUAAUCCAGUCUGGGGUCUCCGACGGAGCUGUCUCUUCGCUUCCGCUCGGCCUUUUCGGGGCUCCCGCAAGCCCAGACUCAUCGUCUUUGGGUAGCACCGUCAGGGAAGGCUUCUUCGCUGCCUUGGGAAAGCAUUUGCAGCUGCCCAGCGCUAAACCCGAGGCUGCUGCUACCUCGCCGCAGACGAGCCGGCCAAGUUCACCACAAACUCUUGCAGGAGUGUCUGCGGUGCCGGCGCAAGUGGUGGGCCAGGCAGCUCCCGUGCAGCCCGCGGGCGCAGAGGAGGCCAUGGCAGAUGUGGACUUUGGCUUCUUUGAGGUGAGCACCACCCCGAAAGUGCCAGCAGCACCGACGCAGGUCUCAUCAAGCCUUGACGCAGACGUGCUCUCGCAGGCACUCUCUUCUGUCGGUCUCCAGAACACUGCGGCCACGUCCACAGUCAGUAUGACGCCUGACAUCGCGCUCACUGCAGACACAGGAGUCCCCCGGGUCAAGAAGAAAAAGAAGGGCAUGACUCAAAAGGUGAAGAGCUUCCUGUCGGGCCUUCCAGACCUCAAGCACCUCUACUCCAAGUCCGUUGUGGAAUGA